CGCCCGCCCGCUCCGAGCCCCGCCGCCGCGCACGGAGCAGCGGAUCCAUUUUGCAUCGCCACACACCGGCUCCGGGCACCCCUGGGCUGGGGGCGGGGGCCGUGCAUGGUCCUGGGGGGCAGCGCGCGGGUAUCUGAGCCGCUCCCCGGCUCCCGGACCCCACCAUGGCUGCGGAAGGGGGGCUCGCUUCGGCUCGGGGGCGCGGAGCCGCUGCCCGGCGGUGAAACUGCCCCGGCCCGAGAAAAGCAGCCGGAGUGAAAUUGACAAAAGGACGAGGCGUGAGAUCGCUUAGCUCCGAGCCCGCGGAUCGCUUGGAAGCGCCGCGGUCUGGCUGCGGCGGGGGGUGGCGGGGCUUUUGUGUUUCGCUUUAAUCCCAAACUGGAUCCCGAGACGAGGAGCUGGAAGCUGAAACGCUCCUGAAAUUUGCCCUGGUUGCUGGUUGUUUCCCGGUGGAUUUCCCCCUCCCCUGGAUUGCAAUAUCGCUCUCGAUUCCCCGCGCUGGGCUUUGCCGAUUAUGGAGACAGUGGAAAAGGAGUGCGGGGCCCUGGGUGGCCUUUUCCAAGCCAUCGUCAAUGACAUGAAGAGCUCCUACCCCAUCUGGGAAGAUUUCAACUCCAAGGCAACUAAGCUGCACUCCCAGCUCAGGACUACGGUGCUGGCAGCAGUCGCCUUCCUGGAUGCCUUCCAGAAAGUGGCAGACAUGGCCACCAACACACGAGGAGCCACAAGAGACAUCGGCUCGGCGCUGACCCGGAUGUGCAUGCGGCACCGCAGCAUCGAGGCCAAGCUGAGGCAGUUCACCAACGCCCUGAUGGAGAGUCUCGUCAACCCCCUGCAGGACAGGAUUGAGGACUGGAAGAAAACGGCCAACCAACUGGACAAGGACCAUGCGAAAGAGUACAAGCGAGCCCGCCACGAGAUAAAGAAGAAAUCCUCUGACACGCUGAAGCUGCAGAAGAAGGCCCGCAAAGGGAAGGGGGACCUACAGCCCCAGCUGGACAGUGCUCUCCAAGACGUCAAUGACAUGUAUCUCCUUAUGGAAGAGACUGAGAAGCAGGCUGUCCGCAAGGCCCUCAUUGAGGAGCGGGGCCGCUUCUGCACCUUCAUCACCUUCUUGCAGCCAGUGGUGACUGGAGAGAUCACCAUGCUGGGAGAGAUCACUCACCUGCAGGGCAUCAUGGAGGACCUGGUGGUGCUGACCGCUGAACCGCACAAAUUGCCCCCUGCCAGCGAGCAGGUGAUCAAAGACCUGAAAGGCUCUGACUACAGCUGGUCCUACCAGACUCCUCCAUCCUCCCCCAGCAGCUCUGGCUCCCGCAAGUCCAGCAUGUGCAGCAGUGUUAACAGUACAAAGGGUGGUGCCGCUUGGUCCGGCGGGUCCCAAACAUACUCACCAGGUUCCACCUAUCGCUACCGCAGCCUGGCGCAGCCGGUUAACGCCAACACCCGCCUGUCCAGCGUCUCCUCCCAUGACUCUGGCUUCAUCUCCCAGGAUGCCACGUACUCCAAGCCUCCGUCGCCGAUGCCAUCUGACAUCACCAGUCAGAAGUCCUCCAGCUCCGCAUCCUCCGAGGCCUCGGAAACCUGCCAGUCAGUUAGUGAAUGCAGCUCCCCCACCUCGCUGAAACCUAUGAAUGUAGCUCAUGUGGCCAGGACUGAAGGAAGCUCCCGAAGAAGCCUGAGCCUGGAUUGGUCCAAGGCCAGUCCUUACGACCAGCCGGUGGUCACCACGCUGCAGCGGAGGAAGGACCGCGUGGAGCAUCUGCGGGAGGCCGAGUUGGGCUCCACCAGCAUGGGGUAUCCGGGAAUUAACCUGGAAGAUGUGCCCAGGCCCAGGAUGUCCCCAGCUACCAUCGCUGCCAAGCACGGCGAGGAGGUGUCCCCCGCUGCCAGCGACCUGGCCAUGGUGCUCACCCGUGGCCUGAGCCUCGAACACCAGAAGAGCAGCCGGGAUUCCCUGCAGUACUCCAGUGGCUACAGCACACAGACCACCACACCGUCCUGCUCGGAAGACACUAUCCCGUCUCAAGGCUCGGAUUACGACUGCUACUCGGUGAACGGCGACGUGGAGUGCGACAGCCAGAGCGAGUUUGACAAAUCCUCCACCAUCCCGCGCAACAGCAACAUCGCCCAGAACUACCGCCGGAUGAUCCAGACCAAGCGCCCCGCCUCCACCGCCGGGCUGCCCACCGGGACCCCCCUGCCGGCCAGCGCCCCCCCUGGCGUGGCCACCAUCCGCCGCACGCCCUCCACCAAGCCCUCGGUGCGCCGCACCCUCUCCAACGCCGGGCCCAUCCCCAUCCGGCCCCCUAUCGUCCCAGUGAAGACCCCCACGGUGCCCGACUCCCCUGGCUACACUGGGCCCACCCGGGUGGGCAGUGAAGAGUGUGUGUUUUACGCCGAUGACGCCUCCCCAAACGCCAUGGACUUCGCCAAAGCCUCGCCCAAGAGGCUCAGCCUCCCCAACACGGCCUGGGGCAGCACCGCCAUGGAGAUCUCGGUGUACCCGGGGGCAGGGCAGCACCUCUCUGCCGAGGAAGAGGAGGACCAGCAGCUGGCCGCCAACCGGCACAGCCUGGUGGAGAAGAUUGGCGAGCUGGUGGCCAGUGCCCAUGCCCUGGGCGAGGGCCAAUUCCCCUUCCCCACCGCUCUCUCUGUCCCCGGCCCUGGAGAGGAGACGCCCACUCUGCCCCCCGCUGCCUCCAGCGAGCCCCCCGCUGAAGACAUGCUGGUAGCCAUCCGGCGCGGUGUGCGCCUGCGCAGGACCAUCACCAACGACAGAUCCGCCCCCCGGAUAUUGUGAUGACACUCCCCCCACCUGCCGCCCCUCCCUCCCACCGCACCCCAGGGGAAGAGAGCGAACACAGGGCCGGGACUGAGCGGAGAAGAGAAAUCAACCCAGGAAAGAAUCCCAGAGGCAAAGCCACUUUAUGGAGCUAGAGACGAGUCUAGAUUUAAAUGGAAAUCAAAAGUCUUUGCUAACAAACUUACAAGGCGCCGCCUAGGAGGCACUGAACUGGUUUUGGAGCCUGUUUUCUAUUUCAUUUCUCACGCCCCCGUCCCACACCUUGCUCCUGGCUGUUAAAGACUCCUCGCUGCCAGCAGGAGGCAGCGCUACAAGAGGGGGCCACCCCCACUGUCUGUUGGGGGGGCACGAACCUGGACUCGAAUAAGCAGCUACAUAAUAAGUAUAAAGAACACACACAGAUAGACACACACACAACGCCAAGGACCGCUGGCUGCUGUCCCCACAAGCCACCUCUCUCCUCUUCCUCUGGACGGAAGAUGCACGUAGUCCUGUGCUGAGCAUCUGACCACCCCCCUCCUCUCUCCUCCCUCCCUCCCUCGUCGCUGCAGUGAAAAGGCCUCAGAGCAGUGGAUAGAAUUCCUGGCACACACGGCCCUGUCCCCUGAGGUGCUUUGGUGUCCUAUGCCUUGGCUGGGGGAGCAGCUGCCCCUACGUGUUUGCCCCGGGGCUAGCACUUCAUAGUCUCCAAAGGCCAGGCUCUCUUCCCCGCCCGAUUAGCUGAGAUGCGGAAGGACUUCCCCGGCUCUGUCGGCGUGUCCAGAUCUCAGGCCAGGGGGCAUUGGGUACACGUGUUUCUCGGGAGGCUAGGCUGCGUGUGUGGGUCUCUAGCCAUAAAGUGACACGGCAGGGGUCGGGGUGCCCGGCCACAGCUCUGCGCCAGGCAGAUACAGCAGCGUUGGGAGUUUAAAGGAUCCGGCCUGCUCAGGAGUUACCUUUUCCCUGAAUCCAGCUUCACAGCCGACCUUUGGCCCUGGGACUGGUAACCCAAGUACAGGGUAAAGGGGCUGCCAGAUAGCUAUGAAUCCAGCAGGUUUCUGCUAGGUGUGUACCAGGUUGGGUGUCCUGGGGCUGUCCGUGCAGCAUAGUCCCCAUCUGGGUGUUUGUCUGCGCGAGUGUGUGUCAGGCUGGGGGGGUGCACGUGUGCCCGGCUGGGGGUGUAUGCAGGGUUCUGCAGCAUGACGAGGGGGCAUCUGGCCACACUCACUCCUGCUUGCCACUAACCGUCGUAGCCACCAGAUCAGCACAAACAGAACGCUGGCAUCAGGGGUUCAGCUGCACAGGUCUGGGACAACCCGCACCGGGCCCCAGUGGAUUUGUCAUGGGGAAGUGCCCUGGAGUUGAGAGGCCCAUCCCUGGCAUUACGCUACACAGGGCUGUGCCGCGGGGACCCCAUGCCCUGAGCUGUCCCUUUCCCAGUAAGAUGCCGUCCCAUGAGGAAUGGGAAUCUCAGGUCUUGCUCAGGGGCCAUUCUCCCCCGACCCUCCCAGGCUCAUGGCCAGUCGAAACUACUCCCCACACAGUCCCAUUGAAAAGCAUGGGGACUCCUCACACAGGAAGGUGUUACUCAGUGGGAGUAAAGGUGGCAGAAUCAGAUCUGCUCCUUUUACAAAACGCCCGUUCGCCUCAGUGGCCCAACCGGUUACCAGGUGAGCAGAGCCGGCGGGCAGAGCCCAUGAGCCCCGCUGGAGUUCUGUCUGUGAGGACACGGUUCUCAUUGGGACACAUGGGGGCCCUCGAUCACAGCUUCUUGUCAUUGAGCUCUGAUGGUAAAUUUAAUGCUGCUUCGCCCAAGGCCACCUGGGGCUCAUGGUCAUGAGCGCCCCAAUAAUCAUGGCCUCUUGGCAUCUCCCAGCACUAGGUUCCUGGGCUCCUGCCACCCUGAUGGGGCGCUGCGUCCUUCCUCAGAAGUCAAUGGCAAAACCAUAGACCGUGGCAUGACCGCUGUCCCCCCAUUGACUGGAUUUCGAGUUAGAGGCAAUAGAGCCACAGAAGCAUUAAUUUUGGGCGGCGGGAGGGUGGGGACAGAUUUAGGGAUGACUGUCUGUGUUCUGUUCAUAACCUGGUCUGAUAGACACACCUCCCUCGUUGCUUGUAAGCCGGGCUUUGCCGGGUUGGUCGGAUAAAUACCGUGGGAGAACAGGAAUGGGGCCAGCGCACUCCCGUCAAGACCUUGCAGCAGCUGUGCCAAAGGAAGGGCUCACUGAUUCAGCAUGAUCUGGAUCACUUCGGAAACUGGGUGCAAGCAAACAAUGUGCAUUUGACUAAGGGUAAAUGUCUAUGUCCACAUCUGGUAACAAAGAUCAUAGGCCAUGCUUGUGGCCUGGGGGACUCUCUCCUGGUACGCAGGGACUCUGAAAGAGAUGUGGGAGGGGGAGAAUCAGCUGAACGGCCAAAAGAGCGAAUGCCACCCUGGGAUGCAUCAGCAGAAUGUCGAGUAGACGUAGAGAGGGUCUUUUGUCUCUGUAUUUGGCACUGGUGUGACCACGGCUGGAAUCCUGUGUCCAGGUCUGGUGCUCACCGUUCCAGAAGGAUGUGGGUGAAUUGGAGAAGGGUCAGAGAAGAGUCGCGAGGCUGAUUAAAGGGUUAGAAACCUGCCGUGGAGUGACGUACUCCAGGAGCUCAGUCUGUUUAGCUAACAAAGAAAAGGUUAAGGGGUGACUUGAUCACGGUCUGUAAGUAUCUACAUGGGGAACAACCAUUGAAUAAUGGGUGCUUCCAUCUAGUAGACGAAGGUCUAACACGAGCCAGUGGCGGGAAGUUGAAGCGAGACACAUGCAGACUGGAAAGGAGAUGUAUAUGUUUCCCGGGGAGAGUAAUUAGCUAUUGGAGCGAUUUAGCAAGGGUGGAGGUAGAUUCUCCAUCAGUGGCAAUGUUAAAAUCAGGACUGGCUGUUUCCCCAAAAGCUCUGCUCUAGGGAGUACUGUGGGGCAGUCCUAUGGCUGGUGCCAUGCUGGGGGGGGGUCAAACCAGGUGAUCUCAGUGGGCCCGUCUGGCCUUGGAAUCUGAAUCUGUGCCUGGUCUCCUCCACGCCCCCUGCCAUGCAUGUCGAGCUGGUAGAGUGUGAGGGUGUUCAAGCUGUCUGCCUCUUGCCAACCCCCCACCCCCCCAACCCUACAACAUCCUGCUGGCUAAUGGAAGGUGCCGUUGGGAAGGAGGAGGGAUUUGUGAUGAGUGGGUGCGUGACUGGAGGGGAGAAAGCUGGGGGCAGGGUGUCCUGGCUGAACAGCAGUGGCCAUGUGGUCUGUAGGAUUUGGAUUUGGAAAGGGGAGAGCUAGUCUUUCCCUGCAUCUGAUUGGAUAGGAAUGAAUAGUACUCAACCAACUUGCUAGAUAAAUGAUGAGUUAUGAUUGGUUGAGAGCUGGUCUAGUCCACCCCCCCUCCCUUCCUCACCCCUUUACCUUAAGAAGCCAGAUGCCCUGGCCCUACACCAAGGAGCCCUAUAGCCAAUAGCUAUAGGGUACCAUCGUCACCAGGUGUCCGACCUCAGUGGGACGGGGGACAGAGAACCACCAUUUGGCUAUUACAGGAGAAGGGAGUCACACGAGGGCUACCCUUGGCCUGGUGUAUUUUGCACUGAACAGUAGCUGGGCAGCGGGGAUCCUACAGCGAUGGGAGCCAUGUCAGACCCCGGAUACGCAGACUGAGAUACUAUGGAUAUAAUGGCCCAAUGAUUGGGGAUCUCCUUUGAUUUGGGUGAGUUGCACCGGAGAUGAGCAGAUCCCUUUGAUUUCGGUGAGUUGCACCGGAGAUGAGCAGAUCCCUUUGAUUUGGGUGGAGUUGCACCGGAGAUGAGCAGAUCCCUUUGAUUUGGGUGGAGUUGCGCUGUAGUUGACUCCCAUGGUUUUGAUCUUACUGUUCAUCUCUCCUGUAGCCUGCCAGCAGCUCCUUUCAGCAGCAUGCUGGGGGUUGGCUCUCCUGUUCUCUGAGAAACACUUCAGCCAAGCAGAACAUCCCUGUGCCUCUCUGAAGCAGAUGGGUGAUGGGUGGGGCUGGAGAGGGGGGAUUGCAUUAAGAAUAAAGGCCAAGCUAGUAGCAUGGACAGUCCAACUCUGAUGUGAAAAGCAGAAGUCUGAACUGCAGCCAAGGAGCCACGUUCCUGGGUCCGAAGGCCCUAGUCAGUCUUUGAAAAUGGUUAUUUUAAGGAUCUGUAAAAGGCCUUUAAGAAAGCACAACCUCUCCUUCCUCCCUGGCCUUUUCUUUCUCCUCUCUCCCACUCCUCAUGCAAAGCACAGCAGAUCACCACGAUGUACAUAGCUCGAAAUGGGAGAUCCCAUCCUGCCCCUCCAGCCCAGAUGUGUGUGUGUGUGUAUGUGUGUGUGUGUCUCGCAUCUCAACCCUGUUACUCGGACACUGUGUAAUAAAGAUUAGUUAUAACCUCUCUCCGUCCCGUCUCUCCCACCCCUCUUAUUGUGACCAGAGCUGAUGACGACGCGUGACAACUGUUUGUUUUUUGGUUUUAUUUUUCAUUUUGUACAGAGAAAAAAAAUUUCCUUUAAAAAAAUGUCUUUCGACUGAAGUAACUUUUCUGGUGCUGUUGUUAACUUGUUCUUUUUUUAAUUUAUUUCCCCUCGUGCUCCUGUCUCUCCCCCUCCGCUACCCUUUCCUCACCCUCUCUUUUUCUUUUCUUUUUCGGACAAUUAUCCUGUUCCCCACCCCACCCUUGAUUUAAAUAGUCACUGCUACAAGUAACGAAUGCACUGUGAAGAUUCCAGUAUUAAUAAAAGUUGUACUGUAAUUAAUA